CUCCACUCCUUUACCCUUUUCACGCUCAUGACAUCUGACGACUAAUCAACCCCAUAACUUUCUCACCCACACUGAACUGAUAACUUCAUUUUUCAUGAAACCUUCAUCUCACUUUCACCAACAGUUCUCGCUCUACAUCCAUUCAGCCUAUCCCUGCCUAACAUGGUUGAACCUACGAACCAAGUUGCCCGCCGGAUCUUCUGCACCUUCAAGGGCUGCUACCGGUAUUUCCCUACCGAAAGGGAGCUUAUCAAGCACAAGAAGCAUACCCCCGAGCACGACUACUGUGCCCGAUGCGAUGAAGACUUCGAAGACGAGGAAAGUUUUUUUAUCCACAAGCUCGAUAGCAACAGGCAUAUCGCAUGUCCUAUCUGUGGAGACGAGUUCAAGAGUGAAGGAGGACGCGAUGCCCACUUGCGCCAGAUCCACCCCACAGACCAGGCUCUAGAAUGUGUUGGUUGCCAUACCAAGUUCAGUCGCGCACAUGCCUUGAUGAUGCACAUCGAAAACGACAGAUGCCCUGGAAUCACCAAGGAUCAAUACAAAGCUCAGCGAGCCCAGAAGCUCGCUACCAGAGUAGCCUUGGAGGGUAAAGCGGGCGAUAGCAAAGGGCUUUCCCGUGCAGGGCGUGGAGCUGCCGCCGGUUCGACUGUCGAAAGUGUAGAUGGCGGUGUUGAAAUCACCAUGGAUCCCUCUGAGUUUCCGCCUCUCGGAAAAGGGAAAGCAAAGGUGGAGUCUCUGCCCCAUUUGGCCGUUGGAGAAGGCCCCGACGCCUUUGACGACACGGUUUCUGAGGUGAGCGGAGUGGCUCGUAGCAUCAAGCACUGGCCGAUGAGUUUUCAGCAGAAAAACGACAGCCUUGAAGAUCUUAUGGCCUUCUCCGAUAUUGAAUCGACUGAGAAAGCCCAAACUGAGCCCGCAUCGAGCGAAGUGGGAGGAAUCGAGGAGGACUGGGAAGAUCGCCCACCAGAACUCGUCGAAAGUGAAAAGAAGAUGCCUCAGCACUUCGUCAUCUGGGACACAAAACGGUACUAUAACAGCGUUCUCGGAGCGUAUAUCUGUCCUUGCGAUAAGGUGUUCAAAACUGGCGACGAGCUUUCCAAGCAUUUGGACUCUGGUAUCCAUGAUGGUGGAGUUGUCUAUUGUGCUGGCUGUCUCCGUCCCUUCAAUUUCACACCAGCGCUUAUAGCGCACAUCGAGUCGGUCACAUCGCGUUGCAAUAUUCGCCAUUCGGGCAACCUAGCAAAGGUCGUGGAUGAGGCCUCCGGAGGGGUGAUUGAGACGUGUGGUCACUAUGCCGAUGGGACUGCUAAAUUUCAUGCUGCCCCCAAGCAGGAAAUUAAGCCAAUGGAUUUGGAUAAAAUCGCCUGGUGA